UCGCCUGCUCCUUCCAGCAACUCUUCACUCUCCACUCCCGAGCACUACAAACAAACGGACGCUAGGGGAUCUCCAUGACGGCUCUCUGCUGAUCGCUCCUCUUUUGCGCUUUUAUUUAUUUUCUUUUAUUAGUUUAUCCCUGCGCGCGGCGGUUAAAUGCGCUGAUUCUAUCGAUCGGCCCGUUUUCUGCCCUCCUGCUUUCCUCUACUGGAGAGAAACUCGAAUAAUGUCCUAUCCUCAGGGUUACCUCUACCAGCCCCCGGGCUCUCUGGCGCUGUACUCCUGUCCGCUGGCCGCCCCGAGGAGUGAGGAGCUGGCCCGGUCCUCGUCCGGUUCAGCGUUCAGCCCGUACCCCGGAUCAGCUGCGUUCACAGCCUCGGCCAGCGGAUUCUCCAGCCCUCUGUCCUACUCUACAGAUCCAGCCACGGGAUUCCCGUCCUACAUGGGGUCUCCGUAUGACGCGCACACUACGGGGAUGGCAGGAGCCAUAAGUUAUCACCCGUACGGGAGUCCCGGUUACCCGUACCAGCUGAAUGAUCCCGCUUACCGGAAAAAUGCCACGCGGGACGCGACAGCGACGUUAAAAGCGUGGCUGCAGGAGCACAGGAAAAACCCUUAUCCCACAAAAGGAGAAAAGAUCAUGCUGGCCAUCAUCACGAAAAUGACCCUCACGCAAGUGUCCACCUGGUUCGCUAAUGCCAGACGGAGACUCAAGAAGGAGAACAAGAUGACAUGGGCACCGCGGAAUAAAAGUGAAGAUGAGGAUGAAGACGACGGCGAUGGAGAGAGAAAAGAUGAGCGACCGGAUAAAACCAUGGACAACAGCGAAGCGUCUGCGGAGGACGAAGGGAUCAGUUUGCACGUCGAUGCCCUGACAGAUCACUCCUGCUCAGUGGAAUCGGACGGAGAGAAGGUCACGUGUAGGACCGGGGACCUGGUUUGUGAUUCUGGACCUGAUACCAAGGACAAAUGCGACGCGAGCGAUCUCGACACGGGCCGCGAGGAGAGGCAUAGAGGCCCGUCACCCAAGCCGGUGACCUCUCCCCCUCUGACUGGGGUGGAGGCCCCUCUCUUGACCCAUCAUCACAGAGAGGACACCCGAAACAGCACCAACAAAACAUGCCUUGACGGUCAAAACCAAACCGUCAAACCUAAACUAUGGUCAUUAGCUGAGAUCGCCACUUCGGACCCAAAGCAGCAUCAGCAUCAGCACUUGGGACAGAACUGUCCCCCGGGCGUUGGCCUUUUGACCUCCACGGCGCCCAGCGCGUCCCCGGCGGGCGCAGUCUACCCCGCCACUUCCAUAUUAGGAAGACCUCUUUAUUACACCUCUCCGUUUUAUAGUAAUUACACAAACUAUGGCAACUUCAGCCCGCUGCAGGGCCAAGGGAUACUGCGCUAUAAUUCAGCUGGGGAGGGACUUCUGCACAAACAGAGUUGCGACCCCCUACUAAAGACUAAUCCAAACCAGACUGAACAACAUUUCAGGGCCUCCAAUGCAGAAUCCAAAAAAGACCCCACCGAGGUUUUCACAGUAAGACACCAGUCUUACCUGUCGAGUUAAAGACGAGGAAGAUCGUUCAAGUAGGUGUCACAAUUGCUUUGAACAAAGCGAACAAGCCAUCACCUCUCUCUCUCUAUCUCUCUCUCUCCCCAAGCUGUUUUAAACUAACAUUCGCUCCUUACGCGGAUCCUUUUGUGUGCCACUGUACACCCACGGACUACAGAGCACCUGCCUAUAUUACAAUAACACGUUCGAUUACGGGAAAGAAAAGAAAAAAAAAGAAAAGAAAAGAGCAUUUUUUAAGGCACAAUAGCCAGUCUGGUUUGGAUGAAUCUUUCAUUUAUCGAUGAAGUACUUUUUUCCCCCAACAUAUGUGACUUUUCGAUGAGGAAACUUAUUUCUCAGGAUCCUUAUAGUAGCUUCAUUGCCACCGGUUACAUGUACACGCGGGACAUUAUAGACUUCCUAUAAGACUUUAUGUGCUAGAGGUGUGAAGUGUAAACGAGAACUCGGGACUGGUAUAAACUUGACUAAGAGUGGAAUACAUUUGAUAUUUAUUUUUGUAAUGCCUAUAAUUUAUGCAAGUUGUAUUGCAAUGGUAAAUGAACAUUGUUUUGUAAAUAAAUUAUGAUUGGUUUUUAUUUAAAAAAGCCGAAGUUACACAAUGUUGUUAACAAGGAGACUUUUACUAAUUUAUAUAUCUGAUUGUAAAUAAAAUGCGCUAGUCUGCACUGGCA